UGGACUAUCCCGACUCUCCGUGGAUUGCUCUUGUGGAUCAUAAUGAUCUUCCCUUUGGUUGUUCUGGGAAAAGGAUCCAUUCAAUCGUAGAUCAUCAUGUCGAUACAUUCGAGUCAAUGAUACAAUCUGAUGCCGACGACAAUCUUGUGUUGACGAGUCCAGAAGGAUGGAGGGGCGAACGACUUCGAUGGAUUGAAGGUCCCAAAAUAGGAAGUUGCGCAACGAUGAUUACGCGAUUGUGGAAAGAAUUGAUCGACAAUGAAACUAUCGGGAAUGACACGAUGAGUUCCGACGUUCACUGGUUGCUUCUGAGUACAAUAAUACGGGACACAAUUGGUCUAAAGGAAUCUUUUCGAAACAUUCGAUGGGGAUUAGAAGAUAUCGCGAUGUUCAAUUGGCUAAAAGAGAGAAUAGAAGACCGUGAAGAGCUUCAGGUUAACUUGGAAUCUGUGAUGGGGGAGUUUGAAGCCUUAAAGAGUAAUCGUUCUCUUCAUCAAUCUAUGGGAAUGGAUGGAAUGUUGGCCAUGGAUAUGAAGAUAUACAAAUACAAGAGGAUUGACAAUUCGGAUUUGGGAAACAAAGAAUUACAGGAAACGACGAUUAUUUACAGCUCAAUGACAAUUCCACUGAAGGAGUUGAUGGAAUUGUUUGAUCCUCUCAGUUUCCAUUCUGCGGUUCAAUCAUUGAUGCAACAACAUCAGGCACAAUUUGGAAUUUUGAUGAGUUGUUCUCCUGAUUCAAAUGGAGAGAUGGAACGAUUUAUGGCGAUAGCCGACCCUCUCGGUGCAGGUAUGGAGUUGGAAACAACGGCCCUAUUCUUUUCCGUCAGGCUUUCAUUUGUCGAUACUCUCAAUAGAUUUUUUGCAACUACAACCCAUAGAUUUGCCAGACACGUUGAACACGCUGUUCAAUAA